AUGCAAGUCCAAAAUCCAGACCAAAAUGUACUUCAGCAAUAUCGUAGUGCUGGGCAUAAUUGUCAAGGUCCACGUUGUGUGUGUCAGCGGUAUGAAAAUGGUGAAGUGGCAGCUGCGGUCAUGAACAAUAGAAAUAAUCAAGAAAGAGAUGAUAGCUAUCAAAACGUAGGUCGUGGUUCACGAGGCUUCCAAAAUCGUCCUGGUUCGAUACAGAUGCACUCAAAUCUCAAUCCAAAUUAUCAAAAUCCAGUGGAUUUAGUCCAUAAUUAUAAUCGUAAUCGACAAUUACAAGAACCAGAAGAAAAUAUUUAUGAAAGACUGGAUAACGAUGAUGAUGAUAAUACUGAAAAUAAUAGCGAGGUUGUUCAUAAUGAAUCCACGAUUCAAAAUAAUCAAAACAAUGUGGAUGAUCAUACAUACGAAAGAAUAGAUGAUCGAUAUUCUUAUAGCAGUAGAACAUAUCCUCGUUGUUAUAAAUAUCAUAUUUUAAAUCAUUAUAUUCCAAAUUUUUUAAAUGAAAUGGAAGGUAGAAAUCAAUAUGAUCAACCAAGACAAUUUUAUCUAGAUUCGUCACGAUUAUCUAACCAAUUUUGCCAGAAUAGAUUAGGUAGACUAGGUCGUAACUGUUUUUCGACUGAAAACAUUGCUUAUGCGUCAACUGGACGAGCCAUUUAUCCGCUUGGUUACAAUUGUAUGUGUUCGUUUUGUAGACAUAUAGAUACGAGAUAUUUAUGUCAUCAUUGCCAUAACUUGCAUAACAGAUUACGUUAUCAAGAUGGAUUUGCAAAUAAUUCUAGACAUUACAUAUAUCAAUUACCAAGAAAUUGUAGAUGCCCUUUUUGUCGUGGUGAAUAUUCUUAUAUAAAACUGCCUGUUACGUCUUGUCGACCUACCGAAUCUUUAAGAAUGGAAUGCCAUUGUAAAAAUCCAAAUAAUUGUACUUGCAGAUCAAAAGUUUUAUCUAAUUCUAAUUCUGCCGCUCAAUUUAGCAAAUAUCUUGAUUGGAUAAGUAGAGGCAGUCCAUCAGUUAAUAAUCCACUUUAUGCAACGGUUCAUAUUGGUAGACCUUGUGUUUCAGCUCUUGGAAGUACAAAUAGUGCAGGAAAUUCAUCCAACAGCGCAGAUCCUGGCGCUUCGACAUCAAAUAUGUCAGUACCUGCAUCUACAAUCAAUGAACCUAGUACAUCAUCAAAUAUUAGAUCAAUCUUUUCAUCGCACAAUUCUUCAACUUCACACCCUUCCGUUUGUUCUGCUAACCGUUCAACAGAACGUCAACAUACAUGCGACGAUUCUUGUAUCAGAAAUCAGAGUGGAAGCGUUACUGGUAUUUGUCAAUUUCUUGGUAGAUGUGAAAGAGCAGAAUGUAAUCAUAGUAGAUUAUCCGUGCAUUGGUGGUUCAUAAAUAGAUGGUUGCCAGCUUGGAAUCCUCAUUAUUUUGAUAGAAAUAUGGACACUGUUCCUCCAAUGGAGGAAGAAUCUCGAGAACAGCAAGAAAGUGAUAGUGAUGAUACUUAAUUUCAAAAUUUUUGUUUUAUAGUAUUUUUUCUGUUAUUAAAAAACAAAAAUAUUAUUUAAUAUUUUGAUCUAUAAAUUUUCGUUAAAUAUUUUUUAUUUAGUUUUAUUG